AUGGAGGUAGGCGGUCAAAAAUGGUUGUGCGUGGCCCUUGUGCUUGUUCUGGCUGUUUUUCAUAUUGAGGCUGCCAGAAUUGGUCAAGGAGGAGAAGUUGCCUUCAACUUGGACAACAACAAAGUACAACAACGAGAUCUGUCCAAGGGUAUCUACAACGGGAUGAAGCCCAAAGGUGUACCACUUCCUCCAUCUGGGCCUAGCAAGAGGACCUCUGACUCUCCUCCUCCACCUCCUCAUCAUCGCUUUAAUCAAGCUCUCAUCAAGGGCCCUGUUCCUCCAUCUGGGCCUAGCAAAAGGACCUCUGACUCUCCUCCUCCUCAUCGCUUUAAUCAAGCUCUCGUCAAGGGCCCUGUUCCUCCCUCUGCCCCUAACCAAAGGACCUAUGACUCUCCUCCUCCACCGCCUCAUCAUCGCUUUAAUCAAGCUCUCGUCAAGGGCCCUGUUCCUCCCUCUGCCCCUAACCGAAGCCCCUUUGAUCCCUCUGUCCCUCCUCCUCGUUUUUGA